UAGAGGUUAUGUUAUGUCAUGUAGUAGUUAUUGUUCUUGAUGUGCUGUAUUGUUUAUGUUCUUGGCUGAGCAAUUUAUUUGAUAUGUAAUUUAGGUUUGAAAUGAAAUACUCAUAACUAUUCUGUAGCUGAUAAUGAUUGCAAGUAUUCAAAUUUAUUUAAGUGCUUUUAAGACACUAUUCCAAACAUGGCAGUAAAGAAGCCGCCACCUCAGCUAUAUUCCCUAGCUCUCCAUCAAGUUUCAAAAGUUUUACUUCAAAAGUGGAAUAAAACAUUUUACACUGACUACAUACACUAUUCGGAAGAAGUAAAGUGUCUAUUUACAGACCAUAUUCCACACACAAUCUAUGAUCAGAUUUUUCAUUAUAUGAUAGACUGUCAUGCCAGAUUUAUUCAAAGUGAAAUGGGUGAUGAUAGCAUUCCGAAUGUAGCAAGUUUAAUGGAUAGCUUAAUCGUUUCUAAACUCGGAAAGCUGAAUUUGAGUUGCCUCCGUUACAUAGGAAGGGUAAAGGAUGAAGAUAUUCAAUAUUUAGAAAAUAUUAUUUUGAAAGAACUUCCCAACUUAAACAAUUUGGUUGAAAUUUCUCUUCAAACCUCAGGAAUAGACUUCACACUCCCUACUUGCAAUGACGAAAUGUUGGACAAAAUAGGCAGUUGGUGCCCUAACUUAAAUAGUCUAGAUGUAUCAUACAAUCACACAGUUACUGAUGAUGGAAUCAGAUGUCUUAUCCCAUCAGAGACCCAUCGAGGAUGCCCUUCUAUGAGAAAGAUUACAUUAUUUGAAUGCUCUGUAACACCAGAAGGAAUAUCUGAACUAUUAAAAGGUUUGGACCGUCUUAAAUUUCUAGGAUAUAGAGAAAGUGGUAACGCUUUGUUGCAUUUUGAUAAGUAUAAUUCAAAGUUAGAGAUGCCAAAGAAACUUGAACUCGCCCACGUGAAUAAUUUAGGAACGAUAAGCCGCACAUGCAAAGAUAUUAACAAGUUGAAAUGUGAUGAAAAAAUGGUGAAUAUUGUUGCUAACACUUGUCCAAAACUAAGUGGUCUUAAAGUAAGAGUUAGUGACACAGAUGUAAAAUUCCUUCAUGCCAUUUCAAGUGUCAGUAUACUUGAACUGGUAUAUAACCUAGGAACACCAAUGUCUCCUGGGACUAACACUGUUCAAUUUCUUAAUGUCAACGGUAAUCAGUUAGUAUCGUUAUCUUUUGUUUGUGAUACGUUUACUACUCGUCAUUUGAAAGUUGUGUGUGAACAAUGUAGUAAUUUGAAACGACUUUGGAUAAGAUCAAACAAAUUUGUUUGUGAUUAUGAUUUGUCACUUUCUGACAGAAAGAAAUGCUCUUUAUAUAGUUUAGAAGUAUUUUUUCUCAGAGUCGGUUGGCCAGAAUCUGAAACAUGUCGAAUUCCAUACAAUCUUAUCAGCUAUGUUUUACACAAAUCAAAUAAACUCAUGGAAGUGAGUUUAGCCAUGAAAAACCCUUACAUGUCUGAUUGUUAUAUCCAACAACUCUUCUCAUCAAUCCUAACGUCUUCAAUAAAACAUAUUAUGCUUCUAAUUCCAUUCAAAAAUGUGUCCCUUUCAUCUCUAAGUAUAUCGAUGGCAACUGUUGAAACUUUGAUUGGACUGUGCCCACAGCUGGAACAGUUGGGUAACCUGUUGGUAUGGGAUGUAUGCCUGGAAGAAAUCCAAGAAAUGAGAAGGCAGUUAAAGUUAUCUAACAGUGCAUUAGUUUUGGUAUAUAGAAUGAUGUACUCGUAAUAAUCCACAAAUGGAAACGAUAAAUUGUUGAAAGAACAGGACUUAUUUUGCUGAUUUAUAAAUUUUAUACAAGAUCCAUCGUGAAAUUAAAAUAGGCAAGAGUGAAGUUUCGACCAUCUUAAACGUCAAUUAGGGUCAUGAGCAGCAUGAAUUAAUGCAAAAAAUUAAUGUAAACUAUAAGCCCAUGCUUUGUAAAUAUGUAAAAAACUAAUAAAGUUGUUAUUGAAAGAUUA